AGGCGGAAACAGCCGACGGCUUUGGCUUUUCGACCGUGCUCUUCGAGGUUUUGACAAGCUCCGCAAACCUCCUCCGCGGCGCACACGAGCGACACUCUUCACACAGCAAACACUUGUCUCCAACGUGCAUUAUCGAGGGCAGUCCUGCAUCCACGUUGAGCGAUCAACAUACACGUCUUCCGGUCAGAACGUCGAAACUUCUCCAACUAACAUCAACCCACAUCGACUGUAAAGUCCCCGCUCGAUUGACUGUAGUCGAGAAGCACUCGCUGUAAACCGGUGCUCCUCGAGUCAUUACUGUCUCCACCGCCUCAGAACCCACGGGUAUAAGUGCGUUUUUAUCGAACAUUGCCAUUGAGAAGAUGGCGAGCGACGUGUCAGCGAUGCCUACGGUCAACGGGUACGGCAACCAUGGCGGGUACUCGGGUGGCGAUCAACAGAGCAUGAGUGCGUUCAACGGUACUGGCUCAGCAUCAUCGAUGUACGAGCAGCCACGUGCCGAGCACGCAUCGAGCGCUUCGAGCCAACCGGAGAUACCCAAGGACGAGGUUGGAUGGUAUUUCGUUGAGCAGUACUACACCACCCUUAGCCGGAGUCCGGAGAAGCUGUAUCUCUUCUACAACAAGCGGUCACAGUUCGUAUCCGGACAGGAGACCGACAAGGUGCCUGUGUGUGUCGGUCAACGCGCCAUCAACGAUCGAAUACGGGAGCUUGACUACCAUGACUGCAAGGUUCGCGUCACGAACGUUGACUCGCAAGCUUCCGAUCAGAAUAUCGUCAUUCAAGUCAUUGGCGAGAUCUCGAAUAAGUCACAGCCCCACAAGAAGUUCACGCAGACCUUCGUACUCGCCACUCAGACCAACGGCUACUUCGUCCUCAACGACAUCUUCCGGUACCUGGUCGAAGAAGAUGAGGAGCCGGAGCAAGAAUCGGAGGCGGCGCAGGAGACAGUAGCUCCACAGGAAGCACAUGUUCAGGAGCUGGAGCAGGUACAGCAGGUGCCAGCUGCAGAGAGCGGAUAUCAGGAGCCCCCGGGAACCGCCGAGGAGGUCGAGCCCAAGACUCUGUCAAGCUCUAUGGAUCCGAAGGCGGUCGAGCAUGAUGCCCGAGCGGUCGAUCAGCAGCUUGAGGAGAAGGUGUUAAAGAAUGAGGAGCCGCCGGCUGCGAUAACGAACGGCGACCAAACGGGAGAGGAUGAUCAUGUCGAGGAGGCUGAGCAAGCUGCGCCGGAAGUCGAGGAUACGGCAGAGCAGUCGGCCAUCGAUGAGCCAGAGCAGCAGGUAACAAGUAACGAACAGCUCGAGUCUGAGAAGCCGCAGGACCCCGUACCGUCACCAGCACCUGCGCCAGCCCAGCAAGCAACUCCGACAGAACAGCCCGCUGCCCCGUCUAAACCUGCCGCACCGAAGACGUGGGCUAGCUUGGCUGCCUCUGCUGCUCGCGUUGCCACCCCAGCCGCCUCGUCGGCGCCGUCUGCUCCAGCUCAGCCACGUGCUAACCCAGCCCCAAGACCGUCGCAACCGCAGCAGCAAUCACAAACGCAGCCGCAGCCGCAGCCGCAGCCGCAGGCUCAAGCACCAGCGCCCACUACGCCAUCCGCGCCGACUGCACCUGCCGUACAGCGCGAGGAGCAGUCUGGCGGACAGCAGGAUGAAUGGACUGCCGUCGGCGGUGGCCACAAUCGUCAUCAUUCGCAGUCUCGGCAGAACAACGUACCCCAGCACCAGCCGCAGGACCAAGGAGAGAAAAACCGCGGCUACAUUAAGAACGUUCACGAGGGCAUCAACUUCAAUGAUCUCGAAGCACAUCUAAAGCAGUUCGGAGAGCUUACCUACUUCGACAUUGCGCGGCAGAAGAAUUGCGCGUUUGUCGACUUCAAGACCCCGGAUGGCUACCAGGCAGCCGUCGCCGCCAACCCUCAUCAGCUCGGCAACGACAAGCUAUUCGUAGAAGAGCGCCGCAUGCGGCCAGGAUCGACGCCGUACAUUCCCAACCGUGGCCCAUACAGUCACAACCGCGGUCGUGGCGACUUCCGGGGUGGCCGUGGUGGCUUCCCUCCUAGAGGUCGUGGCGCGCCACGGGGUGCUCGAGGCGGUACGCCGCAGGCUGCAUAGCGAAAAGCAAUUGCUCUCGCGCUAACAUCUGUGAAUGGCUUAAUGGGAGCCAUACCAGCGAAAGACGGAGAGAAAAAGCGGGAAGGGGAACGGUGUGCGGUGUGAAAAGUAAGCCUUGCUAUCUUCUAGCGCUUGCAUAGCCUGGCCUUUGUGCGAUACCAUUGAGCUGCGUAUGGUGGGUAAUCUUGCAGCUGUUCACAUUGUAUGUUAAGCGCGCCGCUGUGGAAAGCGUUCGAUUCUGGACAGUAGCAUGUAGUGUAAAAACUGUGUACCUCAUCUCGCAU